CUUUAUUAAUGUUCUUGAAACAUUGCGCUCAGUUAGUUUUAUUCCAAGUGUGUAUUUAACUGGCGAAUUAAAGGAUUAAAGUGCCCCAAACUUCGCGAUAAUAUUAUCAAUUUUUAUCAUUAUAAAUAAUAAUAAUUAGUUUGACCUUAUUAAAAAUAUUUUUUUAGUUUUGUUUACACAUAUCCAAAAUGAACAUUUUGUUUAAUGCUUUCAAAGUUGUGUUUCUUUUUACUGUUUUUGUGAAGUUGUUCUUCUACUGCUUAAGGACAGUGUUUCAUAAGGACAAUAUUAAAAAACUUAAUAUUGUACGAAAAAGAAGAUUUGCUCACUAGGACUGCUAUUAAUUACAGAAUAGCAAAAUCCAUUCAUACGCUCCUCAUCACACCCUACAACUCAUAAACAAAACAGUUCAUAAGACAGCAGCGACUAUGGUAUAAAAGGCGCGGGCCGAGCGUCGCUCCGCCGCCCUUCCAGUCGGCCGCCCUUACGCCAUGGGCGCCCGUGCCGAUGAUACUUACCGUCCCCCGAGACUCGCUGAAUGGCUUCACUGGUUGCCCCACGUCAACGCUUCUUUCCGGGAGGUGGAUAAUACUUUUGACUUGAAUUCGCCGGUUUAUUUGGAGAGCUUGGGUAUUUUGGCAUCGGGUCCAGCAGCAUGGCUGAUUUUGACCCUAUUUAUUUUACUACUCUACCUCCUCACUAGAUGUUGCGAUAGGAAACCUAGGGCUGCCAAAUCGAUAUCGGCAUUAAAGGUUACCCUGGCGAUUAUGUCUGUUUUGUGUUGUGCAGCGGUUGGGUUAGGUCUAUACGGUAAUGAUGAUCUUCAUAACGGCAUAGACCAAACGCUGAAUCAAGCGAGACAAAUCGACGGGUUGGUGCGAAAAAUCCGAAACCAAACCGAAGCCAUCGAAAGGCAGCUUCGCGAUCGGGCUGAAGCUGAUUUUAGGUCUAUUAGGGCAAUUUUUGAUGAAUCCACUGUAAAAAACAUAACUAUAAUGAAUGUAGCAGAAGGGCACUUAAAGAGAUUAAAGGAUAAUAAUACUAAUGCUGUGAAUGCUGCGAUUGAAAUCAGGAACCCACUACAGGACUUCAAAAUAAUGGAAAGUAUCGAAAAGGGUGAAAAAAUCGAAGCGAUUCGUUGGCCGUUCACAAUGGCACUACUAAGCGUCUUGCUGGUCUUGUGUGUGAUAUUGCUGGUCGGAGUGGCCAGACAUAAUCGUUGCGCCCUCAUCGCUUUUUCUGUGUGUGGCCUCUUGGCGGUGAUCGCUUCCUUUUUAUUAUCCAGUUUUUAUUUGGCAAGUAGUGUGGCGAUGGCAGAUUUUUGCACUGGUCCAGAGAAAUACAUCGAAAGCCAAGCCAGCACUGAAUUGUCCAAAGAUAUCUUACGCCAUUAUUUGAAUUGCGAGAGGGCGCGGGCUAAUCCUUUUACGCAAAGACUACGCGAGGCGAAAACUACUUUGCAGUUUAUGCGAAUUGAGCUUAGUAUGCUCAAACCGCUUGCUUAUGAAUUAUUUCCAUUAAAAGGUCUAGAAAUCAAAUUUAACUCGCUGAAAAACGAAAUAGACACGUCGGACACAAUUGCCAACCAAUUGACGGCAUUGGUCGACUGUAGGACACUUUACACGCAUUAUUUACGUGGCGUCAGGGCCUUUUGUAAUGUCGGAUUGUUGGGUUUGACUUUGAUGUUGGUGUCCGCGGUUUUGGCUGGCUUUAUGAUGACCAUUUUAGUGUGGGUUGAUUCGCAUACUUGGAUUUACAUUAGGAAAAAAAAAGACUACCAACAAGUAAACGAGGCCGAUCCGUACCUGCCUGCCUCGGCGGCGAGCCAAGCGAUCGCGGCGCGCACCCUGCAACGGAGCCAAGGGCAGUUCUCGGGCAUUUGUCCCCCCGACACCCCACCCCCUAGUUACGCGCACGUCGCCCUGCUUAGACCGCCGCCCGCCAGCGCCCCCUUGCAUGAGGCUGAUAUGCUACUGGAUGGCUGUGAUACGAGAUCUCAGGAACGGGCCGCUCAAAUGGCCCAUCUUAGGGGCCACACUCUCGGCCGUUUGCCCUCCCACCACCAUCAUCACGAGCCUGCAGGUGGACCUAGUAAUGGUAAAUACGCCACUUUGAGCAAACAGUGCAAGACGCUUGAGAGCUCAGAUUUUUACUGAGAUAGGCAUGCCUGCAAAGACUUCCCAAACUUUAAAAGUUUUAAGUUAGACCAAAAUCAGCAACAGCAACAAGGUAGCAACGCACAGCAGAGUGCGAACAAACAGCAGCAACAACAGACUAGCCACGGUCAAGAGGGCCAUCGUACCGCGACGCUCGGUCGUUAUUCGUCUCUAGGCAGACGUCCCUUGCCCCAAACCCCCGACGAGAAGGCCCGGAAUAAACCGUCGAUGCCCAAAGUGCCCGCCACUAUUUCGGGAAAUAUUCCCGAGCCGUCUUUGAAUCCUAACAA